AUGGUGGUGGCGGCAAGCGAGGAUGAGGGUGGGCUGGGAGGGAAGGCGGCUGUUGUUUCCAUAUACAAUUACCAAAAAUACCGACAUAUCCAAGCACCUGGGUGGAAUCUCGGAUGGAUGUGGGCAAAGAAGGACCCAACAUUUGUCGACUUGCUUCCUGGGACACCUUACAACAUGCAAAUUGCAAAUUGUUGCAAAGGAGUACUUAACUCAUGGCUGCAAGAUCCAGUCAGCGCGGUAGCAUCAUUUCAGAUCAGUGUUGGCCGAUCUGGAACUACCAACUAUACAGUGAAAGCGCCUUUGAACUUUACUCUGAAGGCCCCAGGACCAGGAUACAGUUGUGGAGUUGCUCAGGAGGUGAAGCCUCCUACAAAAUUCAUUUCUCAGGAUGGAAGGAGAACAACUCAAGCUCAUGUGACAUGGAACGUGACAUGUAUGUAUUCACAAUUUGUUGCUCAGCGGGCUCCAACUUGUUGUGUUUCCCUCUCAUCGUUCUACAAUGAAACAAUAGUUAACUGCCCACAAUGUUCAUGUGGCUGCCAGAACAAUAUAACCAGACCAGGGAGUUGUGUGGAGGGUAAUUCACCUUAUUUGGCGCCUGUCGUGAAUGGACCAGGCACGAGCAGCCUGGCUCCUUUAGUACAAUGCACGCCCCAUAUGUGCCCAAUAAGAGUGCAUUGGCAUGUUAAGCUCAACUACAGGGAAUACUGGAGGGUGAAGAUUACCGUUACAAAUUGGAAUUGCCGGAUGAACUACUCACAGUGGAACUUGGUAGUUCAGCAUCCAAAUUUCGACAAAGUCACUACUAUUUUCAGCUUCAACUACAAGUCUCUGAACCCCUAUGGAGUGAUAAAUGAUACUGGAAUGCUGUGUGACCUGCUCAUGGUGGCUGGGCCAGAUGGAAAUGUGCAAUCUGAGCUUCUGUUCCGCAAGGACCCGUCGAUGUUCACUUUCGACAAAGGCUGGGCCUUUCCAAGGCGGAUAUACUUCAAUGGCGACAGCUGCGUCAUGCCUCCACCGGAUGUACUGAAGGCCUCAUCCCUUGUUCUGCCCAUUGCCAUUUGGACAGCAUUGCUGUUCUUAUCCCUUCGUAUGUAGUGCUCUUGAAGGAUCAGCUGAUGUUUAGGAACUAGUGAUCGUCGCAUUGCACAUUGGUCUGCUGACACAUCCUGAGUUUCUUGCAGGUUCGGGUUUGCAAUCUUGCAUGAAAAGGGUGAUUCAAAUGUGCUUUGAUUAGGAUGUGAAUUUUGUGAUCCUUCAAGCUGAUUGUAGGUUCACAUUUUGUAUAUUCUAGAUCUCAAGAUUAGUCAAGCCAGCCUUAGCACUACUCUGUACUCUCCCAAGAGAAACCUUGUGUAUGUGACUGGGCGUUUAACAAAUGUUUCCGUCAGAAAA